GAGGAAAGAGGAUCUGGUACAACUGCGUAUCUAACCUAUUCGAAAUCCAUCUUCAUCCUUGGAUAAUUAACACUCAUCCGUCUCGCAAAUAGCAAGAGCAUAAAGUACACACUUGGAGCUUUUUAAUGAGUACCGUAUUACCGCAAUAUGAGGUUUGUAGCAUUUUAAAACAAGUGGCGAAAGAUUGUGAAAGCUGACUUCAACCCGGAGACAAGACAAUUCACCGCCUGAACGGGUUCCAAGCCGGAUGUUUUCGUCUCUUCUGCUUUAAAACAAGCUUUGGACCUUAAAAACGGAACAUUUUACUUGAAUAUUUUUGGAGCUAGCGAUCUUUGCUGGCCGACCACAGAGAGCUUAACAUGGAGUUGAGAGUUGGAAACAGAUACAGACUGGGCAGGAAAAUUGGAAGUGGAUCAUUUGGAGACAUCUACCUUGGUACUGAUAUCUCAGUGGGAGAGGAGGUGGCCAUCAAACUAGAAUGUGUGAAGACCAAACACCCACAGCUCCACAUAGAGAGCAAAAUCUACAAGAUGAUGCAAGGCGGAGUGGGGAUUCCGACGAUAAAGUGGUGUGGCGCCGAGGGCGACUACAACGUCAUGGUGAUGGAGCUGCUGGGGCCCAGCCUGGAGGAUCUGUUCAACUUCUGCUCCCGCAAGUUCAGCCUCAAGACUGUCCUGCUGCUGGCUGACCAGAUGAUCAGCCGCAUCGAAUACAUCCACUCCAAGAACUUCAUCCACAGAGACGUGAAGCCCGACAACUUCCUCAUGGGUCUGGGCAAGAAGGGCAACCUGGUCUACAUCAUCGACUUCGGUCUGGCCAAAAAGUACCGCGACGCCCGCACACACCAGCACAUCCCCUACCGCGAGAACAAGAACCUGACCGGCACGGCCCGCUACGCCUCCAUAAACACACAUCUGGGCAUCGAACAGUCCAGACGGGAUGACUUGGAGUCUCUGGGCUAUGUCCUCAUGUACUUCAACCUGGGUUCUCUGCCCUGGCAAGGCCUCAAAGCCGCCACCAAGAGGCAGAAGUAUGAACGCAUCAGCGAGAAGAAAAUGUCCACGCCCAUCGAGGUCCUCUGCAAAGGCUACCCAUCGGAGUUCGCCACAUACCUGAACUUCUGCCGCUCGCUGCGCUUUGACGACAAGCCUGACUACUCUUACCUCCGCCAGCUCUUCAGGAACCUCUUCCACAGACAAGGCUUCUCUUACGAUUACGUCUUCGACUGGAACAUGCUCAAAUUUGGUGCCAACAGAGCCGUGGAGGACACAGAGAGGGAGCGUCGGGAACGGGAGGAGAGGCUGAGGCACGGCAGGAACCCCGCGGCCAGGGGCUUGGCCUCCGCCUCAGGAAGAGCCAGAGCAACUCAGGACGUCGCAGCCCCCUCACCGCUCAACCCUGCAUCACACACAGGUUUGGAGAAGGAGAGGAAGGUCAGCAUGCGUCUUCAUCGCGGAGCACCUGUCAACAUCUCCUCCUCAGACCUGACGGGACGCCAGGACACAUCCCGCAUGUCCACCUCACAGGCUCUGUCCCGGGUCACACCCAGCGGCCUCCAGUCUGCAGCCCCGCGGUGAAACCUCCCAUCCAACCCGUGCACCACGGAGGCCUCAACAUGCACCACCUGCAGCACACACACACACACACACACACACACACACACAUAAAUAUAUAUAUAUACACAGGACUCUUUGAGGACGCGGAGGACUUUUAACAACCGGGACACAAGAGUCUGGCUGCACUCUUGUUCACUUGACAAAGGGAGGAGGAGGGGAGAGAGAGAGAGAUGCACAACCAGGAAAAGUGUGUGUGUUUGUGUGUGCGUGUGUGUGUGACAGAGAACCAUCUUGACAAAGUAGCAGCCACAGCCUCCCCCCUUCUUACUCCCAUGGAAGAUGUGGAAACCUCCCUCCUCCCCUCCUCCACCUUCCUUACUGUUGAUAAAGCCAUGGAGUCACUUUUCUCUGGCUUUUUUUUUUGUUUUCUUUUCUUUUAAAAAAAAAAAAAUUUUACUUUUGGUUUUACUACUUUUAUUCGUGUUAAGCAUUAAAAAUGUCUCUCACACCAGCUCCACAGCUCCACAAAGCUGUCUGGGUUUGUAAAUGGAUCGGGACAAGUCUGUACGUUGUCUGGGGGGGAAAUCGCGUGGGUUUUUUUCUUUUUUUUUUGUAAUUAAGAAAACAAGAAGACAGUGUUAAAGGACAGUGCCUAAAUUCUUUUUUUCUGGAUUCUAAAAAAGGGGCUCCUUUAAUCCCACUAGUCGACACGUUUUCCUUUAUUUUAUUCUUUUAUUUUAGAUGUUUUAGAUUUAAAAUUUAAGGUAGUAUAUAUCUUUAGUUUUUAAAACGUGGGAUGAAAGACUUUUUAAAAAAAAUGUUAACGUUUUAGUUUUUUAAAGGCAAUCCCAUAUUUUUCUUUUCCUCCUCAGGUGUGAGAACCAGGAACAUCCAAACAAACAAAAAAAACAUGCAGCACAUUUUUUUUCUUUCUUUCCGUCUUCAGGUUGUGACUGCAGUGUGCUGCCUGGGAAAGCUGUGAACGGAGGAGGGUAGGGUCAUUCUGCCCAAAGUGAAUGGAUGAAUAGAUGAGACGUUUCUUUUUUCUUUUUUUUAAAAACCCGGUGCAUAGUGAUGUGGUUUUUUCUGUGUGUUCGUGUGGUUCUGUCCUAGGGUUAUACAAGCUCAAACAGGUGGGGAUGAACAUGUUGAGGGGUUCUAUUUGCCCCCCCCCCCUUUUUUUUUAAACUCCUUCACCUCCUAAAUGCCACUCCAGACCAUCUUUCCAUCUGUUUCCACUUUGAGUCCAAAACAAUUUUUCCUGUUCUCAAGCAAACCAUUUCCUACCUAGUCUUCGUUCAACGCUCAUCCACUCUGACCAAAAUUUCCGAACGUUGCACAUUUUUCUGGACGUGGCUAACCAAACAACACAGUCCUCCUUUAGCCCAGUAGACCACCACAAAAAAAACAACUUCACAAGCGCUUAAACAAUGUCUUUUCCAAAAUGUGAUGAUACUCGCCACAAUUUCCAGCUUUCACCGUUGAUGUUGCACUUCUUAAACCGUUUCAGUCAGCCAGCCCGGAGCUAACAGAGCUGGGGAAACCUUCAAAAACUGUAGGCAGCAGGUUCAUGUUAGUUAUGUUGGAGAGAAGCCUCCUGCUGAGCAAGAUAAAUAGAUCUUUGGUCGAGUAAUUAAAAAACUCAUGAGUGCACAUUUAAAGUACAUCAGCAUCUACGUUAAAGGGACACUCCACCAAUUAUUACACAUUUUACUGAGCCUGCGAAAACAGUUGUAAAAUGUCCUUUGUGGUUCUGAAGCAGCAAUUUUAAGUUUUUGAAGAUCAACCCCAUAAUAGGGAAACUCCUUUCAGUUUAAAAUCAUUUUGCAACCCUUAAAAAACUCAGCUCAGACAAAGCUUAGUAAAGUGAGAGAAACAAGGGGUUGAAGAUGAUCAUCAGACUUGGGUUAAACCGACCAGCUCAACACAUCCCCACCACGACGCUAAGACGUACUACGACGCGAGAGUCCAGGUGGAAAAAAUGGCCGGGUGUUCUUUAACACCAAGCCUUGAUGGAACUGGGGGAGGUUUUGGAGAGGUUUUGGACGGAGCGUAGUCUUAAGAAACGAGGUCACGGCUGAGUCCUCCUCUCUGGUCCGCCGACCUGACCAAUGAAAGAUUCUUUUGAAGUAGAAAAAAAUUCUCGAUGUGGUAGACUGGUUGCAAAGUAUUGUAGGCCAUUUUCUGUAGUUGAAGCGGGGGGAAAAGGGGGGUCGUAGUGGUUAUUUGUACGUGUUUGUUCUGAUGUUGUGUAUAGGAUGUGCCUACUCUGUCUACCACAUCCACACCAGCCGCUCUCCGGUUCGGGAUGAUGACAGUGUACGGAGGGACAGGGAACGCUUCACUCCAUUAGAGUUCCUGCUAUAUAGCAGGUUGUUCUUUUCUUUCUUUUUUUCUUUUUUCUUUUUUAAUAUAGGCAUACAUCACCUGUGGGCUUGAGAAACAAACAAAACAAGUGAUUGAUGAACUUGUCUCACUUAUGAUGGGUAUGAUAAAUGCAAGUACACUUUACAUGGGAUUGUAGUUGUUUUUUUGUUUUGUUUUUCAGUCUGUCGUUCAUGUCUGCUUCAUUCAGUUAUUUCUUAUGUUGUCACCUCCUGUCUGAUUUAUUUUUGCUUUUAACUACAGUGGAGAUGGUUACUCAUGUCCCACGAUGCGUCUUACUGUGGAUUCAUGGGAAAUCUUCGUCUUUUCCACCCCCACCUUAAGACUUUUGCUCCUCAUUUGUAAUGCCACUGUAUUUGUGUAUUUUAAAAUUGUGUAAAUAAAUUAAUAAGUACUUGUA